ACCACUCCAGUCGUUCCAAAACUGCCCGUAGCGCUUGUCAAAAGCCGGUCAUUAUGUAGGGUUGAAUAUGGCGUAGCACAUUGACGUGUUCAAUCACUCUGUAGUUAAAUUGCAUUUGUAUGUACUUCUCAUAAUCAUAUUCAACCUGAAAUUAGUGGCGUUUAUUAUUAAUCAUAUAUUGAACAAACCCUGCACAUCUCACUGAAAGGACGCCGAUCCGGAUUGUUUCAACAGAUGUUUCAACUCUAACAAUGCAAGAUGCAUGCUGAUGCUCGAAAGAGGCUGCUUGGCUCCGAAUCACUCAUCCUUUUAACUUCCUCCACCCACUGAAAAUACACGUAAACAGCAGAAAAUCGUUUAUAUUUUGGGGUGAAAAAUGACGGAAUAUAAGCUUGUGGUCGUGGGGGCUGGAGGUGUCGGCAAGAGCGCGCUUACCAUACAACUCAUCCAGAACCACUUUGUGGAUGAAUACGACCCAACUAUAGAGGAUUCAUACAGGAAGCAGGUGGUGAUUGAUGGAGAGACAUGUCUACUGGAUAUCUUGGACACUGCAGGUCAGGAGGAGUACAGCGCCAUGAGGGACCAGUACAUGAGGACAGGGGAGGGCUUCCUCUGUGUCUUUGCCAUUAAUAACACCAAGUCCUUUGAGGACAUUCACCACUACAGAGAGCAGAUAAAGAGAGUAAAAGACUCUGAGGAUGUCCCCAUGGUCCUAGUGGGGAAUAAGUGUGAUCUUCCAUCCCGCACUGUGGACACCAAGCAGGCUCAGGAUUUAGCACGUAGCUAUGGCAUUCCAUUCAUAGAGACCUCAGCAAAGACAAGACAGGGUGUGGACGACGCAUUUUAUACAUUAGUCCGAGAAAUCCGGAAACACAAGGAGAAGAUGAGCAAGGAAGGCAAGAAGAAGAAAAAGAAAUCCAAGACAAAAUGUGUACUAAUGUGAAUAAAUCUUCCCUGUCAUAAUAGACUCAAACAAGUUUCAGAACUGCAUUUUGUACAUUACACUAAAUUAUUAGCCUCUUCAGAAUACAGAAUGGAUCCCUAUUUUACUUGCUUUCUUAAAAGAAAUAAGCUUUAUUUCUUGUUUGGUGCCAGUUUCCCCAAAGUGUUGGUCCCUAAACACCUUGAAUAGCUUAUUUUGUAGGGUGGGGUGUUAAAACUGGAUCUAAAGUUGGUUUAACUUUUAGUAGUUUUAGUUUUUUGAUGUGGACUUUAUACAAGUGUGCUUUGAGAGAAACAUUCUGUAAGGCUGGUCAUGUAGAUGUUAAGCAUGUAUGUCACUUAACUUUACAGGGAACUGAAACUUUUAGGGAACUUUUGUUUAGGACCAACACUUUCUGGGGUAAAUUGAUACAUUCACCACUGUGUAUGACCCUGCCUUGGGAUGUCACUUCCAAAAAUGACCUGCAUGUGAACUUCCAUUGUAGUCACAUUAAUUCACCCUCAAGCCAUGGUAAUGUGUAUAUAUGGUGAUAUCUUAACCGUUAACCUUUUGUUUCUCUGUUUGCAUGCUGUGUUCUGUUCUUUAAACUUCCAGGGAAUGGUAAAACAACGUUUGAAUACUGUAUAAUAGCCACUGUUACAAAUAUAGAGCAUUUUCUCAGCAUACAGGUGCUAUUUUGUCUCUCGCCAUUUUGUAAUUUUAUUGGUUUAAUGAAUUCAGCUCUGCUGGUUUAGACCAAUCCAAAAUUGACAAUAACAUAUAUUCCACUGCUCAGGAUUGUGUUAAAGUAGUUCACCCAAAAAUUGCCAAUUGGGACAUAGUUGCAUGGGACAACGGUGAAUUGUACUAUUUAGUGGGUAUUAUAGAAAAUAUUUGACAGCAGAAUGCCACAAUUGACCAAUAAGAAUCACAUUUUCCAGUAAGCCUUGUAAAAUUAUGGCAGAACUUUCUUUUCUUGAACGAUCUACACUAGUGAAAGCCUCCUAGUGCUCACUCCUGCAGUCAGAGGUGGAUUUUAUGUAUGAAGAUUUACCCUCUUGUGCCCAGCCAAACAGCGCCUUAGAAGUCUGAUUAAUUACACUGACAUUUUCUUAAAAGCCUGCUUUUUUUUUUUUUUUUUUUUGGGUUUAAUUGAUUAGUGAACAUAACCUGCCACAAGUAAUUAGUUAUUGUAAUGCAAAUGCCUUGUUUGCUUAUGCUGCCAUGAAAACAUUAGUUCAGCAGUUUUAAAGGCACAAUUAUAGUCCAAUGCUUUCCAUGGAAGGUAUAAAUUGUGUAUGUAUGCUCUCAGAUCCCAAGAGGCAGUUUGGGGUUAGUUUACUAUGGUAAAAUGUGGAUUGCAAGCUUCAUUCUGGAGGGCAAGUUUUCAGCCAUCACUCAAACCAAAGAGAGUGAUAUAAAGAUGUAUUUUGUGUGGCAAUACUUGUGAUGUCAUUUAUAGGAGAUAAAGCAUAAAAGCAGAAUGUUGCUUUUGAACUGUUGGUAAACUGUUUACCAUGCGUCCUUAACCAUUACUACUUUUUAUUUUCUAAUUAUUGAUCCUGUAACACAAUUUGACUGUAUGAUUAAUACUGAGUUUUGAGAAGAAUUCUAUAAAGACUUAAAUCGGGGUUGUCCACUUUUAUGCAAAGUUACAAGUAUUUUAAGCGAUUUCUGUUCCCAGUUAAUAGUAGUCUGUAAUGCUGAAUUAAAAUCUGUGUGUGCCAAUUGCCAAUUGCAAAUGUUGAGAAUAGGGUUCACAUAUAUAUGGACCUUGUUUUAACAACUUUUGUAUGGUUGUGAUAAAGAUUAAUAUUUUGUAAAUUGUGCGUUUUUUUUUUUUUGUUUUU